UUUUGUGUGUCGAUCCAUUGCUUAGGGACUCGUCUUGGACAAAACCGUGGCCGCUUCACUUCUCUAGUCUCCUGGAAUCCGGUGUGAAGACAGCUGUUGUGCCGCAAAAACGAGCUCAGAUUUUCUUGACCAGCCUAUCACACCAAACUAACCAACCAUGGAUGACGAAGCGAGGAAAGCAAAGCAGGCCGAUAUCGACCGCAAGAGGGCCGAAGUACGGAAACGCAUGGAAGAAGCUUCCAAAGCUAAGAAAGCCAAGAAAGGUUUCAUGACUCCGGACAGGAAGAAGAAGCUUCGUUUGCUGUUGAGAAAGAAAGCGGCCGAAGAACUGAAGAAAGAACAAGAGCGCAAGGCGGCCGAGAGGAGAAGGAUCAUCGAAGAACGGUGUGGACGCCCCAAGAACGUGGACGACUCAAACGAAGAUGCGAUCAAGAAGGUGAUAAAGGAGUAUUACCAAAGGAUCCUCCAGUUGGAAGAUCAAAAGUUCGACCUGGAAUACUUUGUCAAAAAGAAGGACUUCGAGAUCAGCGAUUUGAACACCCAGGUCAAUGACUUGAGAGGAAAAUUCGUUAAACCGACAUUGAAGAAAGUGUCGAAAUACGAAAACAAAUUCGCCAAACUCCAAAAGAAAGCGGCCGAGUUCAACUUCAGAAACCAACUGAAGGUAGUGAAGAAAAAGGAGUUCACCUUGGAAGAAGAAGACAAAGAGAAGAAGCCAGACUGGUCGUUGAAAGGAGACGAAAAGAAGCUGGUGGAAAACGAGGCAUAAUUCUGUCCUGUACCUUCUGCCUGUUGAAAAUGUUUUUUUUUUUUAUUAUUAAUCCGAGAUUUGUUAUAUUAAAAAAUAACAACGAGGUUUGUCAGCAACGCACUUUUCAUCUAAUAUAAUAAUUAUACAAUUCUGAAA